AUAUGUACUGACACAAAAGAAUUUCCAUAGAUUAUUCCAUUCCACGCUUCUAUUAAAACCCAGCCAUAACAUCAUCCUCCAUCUCCAAAUGUGUUAAGUCUUUAUUCUCUCCGACUCUCCCCUUAUGCCAUGGAAGGCAUCGACGAGGAUGAGUUUCUCAGCCUUCGGCUGGCAAUUGUCACUGAUUCAGUCGGCGGAGAGAGGAAAAGGAAGAGGAAGAGGAAACCAGAACCAAUAAUCAUCACCCCUUUGAGUGAUUCAAUAGGCGAAGGAAGCUGCGAAGGGAAGAUCUUCAGAUUGCUUCAAACGAGAGAACAAAUGUUGAAGCAAGAUCAGAAGGGAUCAAAAUCGGUGGUUGAAGACGGAAAAGGGCUCCAUUUGAUCCACCUUCUGCUCAUCGCCGCCACUUGCAUCGACGAGAACAAGUACGACGACGCCGUCGACAACCUCACCGAGCUCUACCAGAGCGUCUCCCUCUCCGGCGACUCCGUCCGGCGCGUGGCGGCCUACUUCGCUGACGGACUCCUCGCGAGGCUUCUUACCCGAAAAUCGCCGUUCUACGACAUGAUCAUGAAGGAGCCAACCGCCGAAGAAGAGUUCUUGGCCUUCACGGAGCUCUACAGAGUUUCUCCCUAUUACCAGUUAGCCCACUUCACGGCAAACCAGGCCAUUCUCGAGGCCUUUGAGGAGGAGGAAGAGAGAAACAACAACUGUUUGCACGUAAUCGAUCUGGACGUCUCGUAUGGCUUCCAAUGGCCGUCUCUCAUCCAAUCUCUCUCCGAAAAGGCAUCAAGCACGAACCGCGUAUCGCUUCGGGUUACCGGGUUUGGAAGAAGCUUGGAGGAGCUGCAAGAAACCGAAGCCAGAUUGGUGAGCUUCGCAAAGGGCUUCAGGAACUUGGUUUUCGAGUUUCAAGGCCUGUUGAAUGGCUCCAAGAUCAUGAACAUAAAGAGACGAAAGGAUGAAACAACUGCAGUGAACUUGGUUUUCCAUAUGAAUAAUUUAAAUAGUUUUUCGAAGAUUUCGGAGACAUUGAAAUCUGUACAUUCGCUGAACCCCUCCAUCGUCGUCUUGGUGGAGCAAGACGGCGGCCGGCCGCCUCGAAGCUUCCUGUCGAGAUUCAUGGAGUCUCUACACUAUUUCGCAGCCAUGUUCGAUUCCCUGGAAGAUUGUCUGCCCAUUGACAGCACCGAGAGGUUGAGCAUCGAGAAGAACCAUCUGGGGGCAGAGAUCAAAAACUUGAUGAACUGCGACGGGGACGCCUCGAACCGGCCGAGGCAUGGGAAGACGGAGACAUGGAAGGGAAGGAUGGAAGUUCAUGGAUUUGAAGGGCUGAAAGUGAGCUCGAAAUCGAUGAUCCAAGCGAAGCUUCUGCUCAAGAUUAGAACUCAUUAUUCUUCCAUUCAGCUUGAUGGGGAAAACAAUGGCGGAUUCAGAGUUUUUGAUUCGAAUGAGGGGCGAGCUCUGUGUCUAGGGUGGCAAGAUAGGUGUCUUCUAACAGUCUCUGCGUGGCGGUGUGUGUGAUAUAUAUAUAUAUAUAGCUAUUCGUUUAACAGAUUAAUUCUUCAUUAUUCUUGUUGAAUAACAUCAUCGUGAAACAAGAAUUCUUUUACGAGAUUCAAUCAAAUGUUCAGAUCCUUAUCUGUAUGUAUAAUCAAUUUUCAGUUCACUUGAUCC